AAAACAACGCAGAUGCUUGCAUUAAUUGUUGACAAUUAAUCCGUUUUUCUAUGUUGAUGCAAUGUAAUCGAGUAUUUAAAUUGAAGACUUUUGUUUGUAGCAUAAUUUUAUUUUUGUAAUUAUGUUUUUAUCGAGAAGAUGUUUAGCAAGCCAUAUUCAGGUUCAAUUACAUUCAUAUUGUUGAAAAAAUCACAGCAGUACAAUUCUAACCUAUUCGCGGAUACCAUUACAACUAAAUUGUCAAGUUAAACUGCAAUAAACACUAUCAGCAUUUGUGUGUACAUGUGAAUACUAACAUAUUUAGUGAUUCCCCUCCACUGUCAGUGUCAUAUGUUCGGUACAAUGUAAUUUAAUAACUUUUGUGAUGGAUUACUCAAUCUUGAAAACAAACUUGGAAAGUUGAAAUCAAAGCGCUUUUGGGACCAUAUUAACAUAUUUUGUGCUGUUCACUUUUUAUUGCAGUGUUACAUCGCCUAUAGACUCUUUGAUUGUCUUAUCUAUUCAAGUAUUCUUUGGAAUUGGUCACUCUCAACGCCGUUGUCUUUUUUUCCAUUCCCACUUUUAUUAACAUGGAACAAGAAUUGUUUUCGCAUCCAUCAUUGCUAGCCAAGAGUCAAAUUGGUGCAAUUGAUAAACGAACGUUCAAAGAACAGUUUAUAAGAGGUGCAUACUCUAGACUUGAAUAUGAGCCUAUCUUUGAGGUUAAUGUCUCUGCCACUGUUAACUAUAUCGAUGUCGAUCCUAGUGUCAAGUUCUCCUUAGUCAGUGACUGCGAUGGAAACAUAUCAAUCUAUGAAAUCGAAGAAGAAUCUUGCGGUAGAUUGAGAUUGAUUGAAAAGAGACAAUUUGUCCCACUCACUUUAAACAAAAGUCAAUGGUUUCCAGCUGACAAUGGCUUGUUACAGGCAACUUACCCUAAUAAAGUUGUCGUGGUUGAUACAAAUACUUUAAAAUUACUCGAUGCUUACGAUUUUGGAUUGAAAAAAGUUUACAACAGUGAUUGGAAUAAGUUAAAUCCAAACUUGAUUGCAGUUGGGACCUCUGGAUCAUCCAUUCGUUUUAUCGACAUUAGAAGUGGAUGCUGUCUGCAACAAAUCACCGUUGAAUCUCUUUUAGGAGCCAGUAGUCACAACGUUUCACGUGUUUGUUGGUCACCAGUGGAUGAUGAAUGUUUAUUUGCCGGAGAUUCCUCAGGGUUCAUCCACAUUUUUGACAUUCGUAAGCCUCGGAAAAGUCUUCAAUCUAUCGGAAGCGACAAUACAACAUGUGAACCAGUUGUCAAUCUAUCGUUUACAUGUGAUAACAUGAAUCUUAUUACAGCCCACGGGAUCCAAAGUGUUCUAAAUCAAUGGACAUUCAAGAAUCGAACAUUAGUGAACUCAAAUAUCAAUUAUCCAUUUCCUUACUGUCGAGUGAACAAAAAGAAAUCGGCUGCAGCUGCCAUUUCAUCUGCUUUUCUAAAAUGUCAAUUAUACGUUACCGAGUCAUUACUUUUUAAGCCAAUCUGUGAUGGAACGUUCGGUGGUGAAUUGUGCUGUUAUGAUCUUAAAAAUGGAGAAAGAUUGAGGACAUUAAGUCCGACAACAUGGAAUCCAGAUAACUGUAUGAAUGUUCAUUGUGUCACUGGAUUUCACCGAGAUUAUCCUGUAUUGAUCUCUGGUAGCAGACGCUUCAUUCGUGUUUGGGGAUUAGGAGGCAAAAAAGAUGACGAUCAAAAGGCCAACCAGUAUCAUGAAGAUGAUUGGGGCUAAUUUAACUUCUUUUUUAUUCAAUUUUUUUGUAACUUACAACCUCAUUAGACAAUACAUCAACAAUUGUUGAAGGUAUUUACAUUUGGUUUUCAAACUCAAGUGAAUAUUUAUUUUUCAAAACUUGAUCUCAAUUCACAUUUACACGGACAAUAUUGUUAACGAUUAAGUUUAUAUCAUCAGGUUAUACUUGAGUUUCAUUUUCUAUUUAUCAUUGUAAUUUGAUGAUAGCCAAAAUUAACAAUCAAUAUUUGUAACUUUAUUUAAACCUACAACGUAACUGUCAAUAUGUGAAAUCUCAAUUAACAUUUUUGGGCAUCUCAUGAACAUAAUUAUAGACAUUUAAAAUAAAAAUUUGUUGGCAUUACA